AAAGCUUCCUCUGUGCUUUAUGUUUGCUUCUUCUUGUAGCUUCCAGCCAUUUUUCGUCAGGCCUAGCAUACUGAAAGAAAGCAGAAUGAGCUUUAGAGUGAGAUACCUUACCAGAUUUAUACACUUUAGUAUUUGUAGGAUGAGAAGUGGGUUGCUUUCUCUCUUUCUUCAAUAUAGCAGACUUCUUGAGUUAGAGUGCUGCUCUUCCUCUCUUUUCGAAAGACCAGCUUAUCAUAAGAUAUGAGCUGAAUCUUCUGUAAUACAAUUUUUGCUUUUCUUUGCACAUUUGUGAAUUACUUAAAAUCUGUAAUAUUCAGAAGAUCAAGAUCAUAUCGGAAUUGAUGUAAUCUUUAGCUCGGAUGGUAAUUUUCCUCAGAUUGCACACCUCAUUUACACAGUAGAACUAGUACUCGGCCAAAUAAAGCUCUCUCUUUGAAAAAAAUCAAAGUAAGUCUAUUUCUCUGGUGAAACUGUAGAGAAAUUAAUGAAUAAAAUAAGUGCUAUAAAACUUGAGUGCAGCCCUAAUCCAAAGUACUUUGGUUAAUCCUCAAAAAAAAUAGCGUUAUUUACACUAUAAUUCAUUUGGAGAGAAGUUCAGACAUUUAGACUCAUUAAUGUAUUUGUGGUAUAAUAAAAGUGGCAUUAACACAUAAAAGUGCAGUGUAGCAAAUCUAUAAAUUUAACAUCCAAAAGGAGUGUUCCAAACUGUCAAUGCAUGUCUAUAUAAUACUAAGAAGCACAGUCAAUUUCAUGCACAGAUGAAGGUUUAUGUUUACCAAAUAUGCAUGUGAGAUAGUUUCAAAAUGUAAGCUAAUGCUUCAGGUUGCCAUCAUUAGUGACGAUGUUGCCAUUCAUUCUUCCAAAGCAACUAAUGAGUAAUUUAAAGGAGGAAAGUUAUAGUAAAGAAAAGUAAGCCAUAUAGAAAGUUCCUGACAACAGCCGUCAACAACUUUCAUUGCUUUAUGCAGUUAAGGUGUAUGUUUAGUAAAAUCUUGGUCACAUUUGUGGUCUUUGUAACUACAAAGGACCUAAGAGACUUCAUAUAGUCCUUCUUUAGGGUAUACUAUUCAGUACCAACGCUAGCGAUUGGUGGGGUCAACUCUAACCCAAACUUGCAUUUCGAGGACCUUCAGAAGAUUUGAAAUGGAAUUGUCUAUUG